AUGGAUUAACUGACUCUCAUUCAGAGGGAACCUAACAGAUCUAUUACGCUUCCAUUAAACUUCUCUGCUUUAUGUCAUAAAGAUUUCUUGGGUCAAGAAGCGAUGUUGAAAACAAUUGAGCAGCACAACAAUGUGAAUCUGACAUAAGACUUUAAACACUUGGAGAAAGAAUUUUCUGCUGUUCAGUUUUUAUUUUAAACCCCUAACUGAAGCAUGCAUAAUAGUUAAAUUGAUAGAAGAAAAAACUUUCUCAUUAAAAAAGACUGCCACAACAACAGUAACCCAAAUUUUCAAAAUGAGUGCACCAGUGGUUCCAAACAAGGCAUGCUACACCCAGGAACAGGACAACAGAAUUGAAAUAAAAAAUAACAAUGAAAGCAUAGUAAAUGUAGGAGAUACCAAUGCUAAUCAGAUUGUGACAAAAGUCAGAACCACAGAAGGCGAGGGCAGGAGAUGUGGUUUGAGAGGUGAAACUGGAAGUGUGCAUACUGAUGGGUCAGAGAAGCUGACACAAUUGGAUGCAGAGCAGAAUAAACUUCUUGUCUUUAAAGAAUCUCAGAUUUGUGACAUUAAUAUACAAGAGCAUAGGCAGCCUUCUGCUGUAAGUAAGAAAUUGGAUAAAGAUUGUAAGAUGGAUGAAGCUAAGGUUACUUCAAGGCAUCUCUGUAUUAGCCGAGGACAAAGUCUGUCUAAUUUAAAGAGCAGUGCAAAUGAUAGCAACACAGAGAUUCUUUCAAAAGGUGAUGCUGAAUUUACCCAGUAUUUAUCUAAGGGCAAAAUGGUCAAGGCCAUUGAGGUUGAGGGAAUAAAGAGGCUUUCUUUGGGAAGGCCAAGUAAAUUUUCUGCUAAAACUGAAACUUCUGCAAAAGAAUGUGCUGGACGUGUGUCUCACAAACGUUUGCUUUCUGCAUCACUGGAUUCCAUUGAUACAUCACACCAUUUGACUGGUAAUACUGAGAAAUCACAGAAAACAUCAGCAGAUCAUUUUCUAGGUAUGGUUUUUCAUCCACUUGACAAUACCUCAGAGGAAAAUAUUGUGUUUUAUUCUAAACCGUCUACCUCAGAAAACAAAAAAUUAAAUAAGCCAGAAAUCCAAAUGGAUGUGGAUAACAUACCAAAUGUGAACAGUGAAAACACACUGCAAGCUGUUGAUGCAGCUCUAAACAUAACUGUUAAACCCAGUGAAAUUUCUAGUAAGCCAGAAGCACAAUUAAGUCGGGGUGAUAAAAGUAGAAAAUUGGAGUUUAAAACAGCACCAUCUUUACAGUCUAAAAAUAUUUGCCAGCAGAAAAUUGAGAGAAUUAUGCUAGUAGAAUUUCUAGGAUGUCGAAAAAAAGAAAGUACAUUAAUGCAAGAAAAGAAAGGGCCUGGGGAUGAAGUGUCCAAGAUGCAGGCUUCCCAGUUUCAAGACUUUUGUAGAGAGGCAGAGGAUCCACACUUAAACCCAGUGAUAGCUUACUCCAAUGACAGACUUCUAAGUGAUCAUAUCACCUGCCCUCAGUUAGGAGGAGGAAUCACUGCUAAUGACAGUAGAGCAACUAAUCAAGUCACUGAGGAGCAUAUAACAAACAAAGAAGUGGAAACUUUAUUAUCUCUUCCUGAUGACAGCAAACCCAGUGGCAAAGUCGUGUCUGCAAAAAACAAAAGCUUACAUGAAGCUGACACAAGUUGCAUUGGAACAGUUGGUGAGCAUAUAUCUUUUAUACAAAACAUUAAUCUACCUGACAGCAAAACCUUGAAAAUUAAUGAGAAUAAACUGAUGCUAGUCAAAGGAAACAUUGACAACACCAGGCUGUCUGCUUCUGAUUUCACAGAUCAACACCGAGUGCUUAGUACAGAGAGAGUGUCAAAUGAGCAUCCUAACAACCAGGACGGUGAUUUGGAAACAGUGAGCUUUUCAAUUCAGAAUAAAAAGACAGUUAUUGCAAAGAAACAUCUUUCAGAUGAAGCACCAGAGAGCUAUAAAAUUUCAGCAAAGGCUGAUGCCUUUUUAUGUGUUCCAACUCCCUUGCGCCCAGUGGCAACUGUGCAUAUUGAUAAUCAGCCCACUAUAUCAAAUAGUAAUUUGAAGGAUCUUUAUGCACUUCAUGUUGACAAACUGUCACCCUCCUCAGUCCUACCUCCCAUUGAUGAUUCACAGUUGUUAAAUAUAUCCCCUAAAGUGCCUAUCAAGACUGCUUGCAACAGUGGGAUCCCCAAACCAAUCCUGGUACAUUCCAAGGGCUCCUUUACAGACAAGAAUGAUGUAGAGAGUGACUGCAUUGAAAAGCCUGAAGAAAAUAUUGAGAUAACCCCUGUCAUACCUAAGCCCAAACAUGUGAGACCCAAAAUUAUCACCUACAUUAGAAGAAACCCUCAGUCAAUCAACCAGCUCGACCCUUCUUUUGCCCCAACCACCCUGUCAUAUGGUUCUCCGGCCUGCGGUAUGCCUAUGGCAAAGGAACAGAAAACAUCGACUGGUGGGGAUAUUAAACCACCUAAUAUUUUGUAUGACAAGUUUAAGCCUGACUUGCAGAAGCCAAGGAUCUUUGGGUCAGGACUGGUGGUAUCUGGCAUUAGGCCCCCAGGGCAUCAUUUUGGCCCCAUGAGUGAAAAGUUUUUACAAGAGGUUGGGGAAAGGCCUGUGAAAGAAGAAUUUUGUUCUCCACCAUAUGGUCACUAUGAGGUGCCACCAAGUUUUUAUCGAUCUGCCAUGAUACUUAAACCACAGUUAGGACUGGGUGCUGUUUCCAGGCUGCCCUCUACGAAAAGUAGGAUUCUGAUUGCAAGUCAAAGGUCCUCAGGUAGCUGUCUCCAUCAGCCAGGAGAAAUAACCAAUGCUCCCAGCCUUUACCAUCCUGAUACUUCAGUUGAUCGUAAAAAAGGCCCAUGUCCAAAUGCUGCAAAAUCAAAUCUUCCAAAGCCAUGCCAAUCUGGACUUCGUCCUCCUGGCUAUUCACGCAUGCCAGCAGCUAAGCUGGCAGCAUUUGGUUUUGUCAGGACUUCAAGUGUAUCCUCUGUCUCAAGCAACCAGUCAAAUGACAGCAUUGAGAGCGAUCAAAGCAGAACAACCAACCGUUCAAGCUUUGGAAAUGAAGAGCAAGCUACUCCUAAGGCAGCUGUGCCAUCUAAAGACAUCCCCAAGGGGACCAGUAGAACUACACUGCAGGGAUUAAGCAGCACAGCAACUCCCCGCAGGAGUUUACUUCCAGCGCCGAAAACUACCACAGCACCUGCUGCAGGUUUGAAGAAAGAAGUUCAAAAAGAUCAAGAUGCUAACAGAUCCACUGUUUCAUCCCCAAAACGAUUAGCAGCAUCAACCACCAAGCUCCAUUCACCAGGCCAUCCCAAACAGAGGCCAACAACUCCAAAGAAUGGAAUUUCCUCUAAACCAGAUCUGCAGACUCGAGAGGCUGAACGGCAAUUUGUCCAGCGGCUGCAGGAAAAGUGCGAUGAGCAGUCUAAGCAAUUAAGCUGCAUUCACGAGGAACUGAAAAGAGCCAGUCGUGGGUUUGACAUCUUUGCCAUAACAACACAGUAUUUCUUUAGGAAGAAUGAAAGUGCCCUUGUGAAAGAAAAGGAGCUGUCAAUUGAGCUUGCAAACAUCAGGGAUGAAGUGGCCCUCAACACAGCACGGUGUGAAAAAUUACAAAAAGAGAAAGAGGAGCUGGAGAAGCGAUUUGAGGAUGAGGUGAGGAAGCUUCACUGGCAACAGCAAGAAGAGCUGCAAGCCCUUGAGGACAGGCUGCAGUUACAAUACAGCAGUGAACUAGAACAUCUACAAGAAGAAAACAAGCUUCAACUCAUGAGAAUCAAGUGUCAGCACCAGGAACAGGUAGAAGAUAUUACAGCCACUCAUGAAGCCUCAGUGUUAGAGGUGGAAAAUAGCCAUACCAUUGCCAUUGCAGUACUCCAGGAUGAGCAUGACAGUAAGGUUCAAGAACUGAUGUCUGCCCAUGAACUGGAAAAGAAAGAACUAGAAGAGAAUUUUGAAAAACUGCGGCUAUCACUCCAGGACCAGGUGGACACCCUGACAUUCCAGAACCAAUCUCUACGGGACAAGGCAAAGCGAUUUGAAGAGGCAUUAAAGAAAAAUACUGAAGAGCAAUUAGAGGUUGCACUAGCUCCAUAUCAGCACUUAGAGGAAGACAUGAAUAGCCUGAAACAAGUUUUGGAAAUGAAGAACCAGUUAAUACAUCAACAAGAAAAGAGGAUCAUGGAGCUAGAAAGGCUGGCUGAGAUAAACCUAAUACUGGAGGAGAAAAUUCAGGUGCUACAACAACAGAAUGAAGACUUCAGAGUCAGGAUUGAUCAGAAUACUGUUGUAACAAGGCAGUUAUCUGAGGAAAACGCUAAUCUGCAAGAACAUGUUGAGAAAGAAACUGAGGAAAAGAAGCGGCUAAGUAGGACUAAUGAAGAGCUGCUUUGGAAGCUCCAAGAAGGAGAUGCCAUGAGCCAUGUUAAACUCUCUCCUACAUCACCAACUCCUAUUUAUCGCUGUUCAUCGGGGCCUCCUACGCCAGCAAAAGUCAGCACUGUGCCAAGAUGACAAUGCUGUGCUGCUGCUCCAGAUCACCUGGCUUUGACAUCCUUUUGCAAUCUGCUGAAUGUUAUCAUCUAAGAGCAUUUUAACAACCGUAGAUACCCAGGGUUUGUUACUGCAAGCAUGCUCUGUAGCUGCAUAACCGUAUACUAGACAGUGUACUAUUACAGUUCCAGAAUAGAACCUCCUGGUACUGGCUCACUGAUGUGUUAGGAUAGUAUAACCAGUGUAGUUUGAUGUAUAACACUGUACCAUGGUUAGAGCCAAAAAAAAAAAGGAAAAAAAUGUACUAAUGAUUCAUCAGAAUGAACUUUUUGCUGCAGCAUUUCAGGUUAGUUACAACGUUCAACUUUUGACUAGCUAAAUAUACGCGUGUGUUUAUAUACAUGUAUUGUACCUUGAUGUGUGUUCAUGUUUAUAUAGACACACACAUAUAUAUAUGUAGUCAAAGAUGUUCUGAAUUGCAUUUUUUUAUAUUAUUGGACUACUAAGUGCUGAUAUAUUUUCGUUAUGGUCAGCAGUUUUCUAACUCGUGCCUAAGACUUAUAUCUAAACGAAAUGCUUUUCUGUCUAGCCUCCCAGGAAUAUUUCUACCCAAAAGUGAAGAAAGUUACACAGAAGUAGAAGCGCCUUCCAAAUGACCACCAAGUGGUACACUCUAUGACAUGAACACCAGCGACUUUGACAUUCUGAAACAGUACUGCCUUUGAAACAAUCACCUUCGUACUCAACGCCAGAUAAGAUCGCUCAUUCCAUUCACUGAAUUUUAAUUAUUAGCAUUAAUGUUGUGAGUGGCUAUAGGCUAGAGAUGAGAAACCCUCAGGGUUUUAGCAGAUUUCAUAGAAGUUAUUUGUUAGGGUGACUUCAUUUUAGUCUUUUAGAUCCUAGUUAUGCUUUUUUCUUUAACAAAACUUUUCUAAAGCAAUCAGGAUCUCUAACAAAUCCAUGAAGAUGUUGGGCCAGGGACCAUAUUGUUUUACUACAUGUUCCAGAAGGAAGGAGAAAAAAUAUUUCCUGGGACCUUGAUGUUUGGCCGAGAGGGUUAAUUGUCUGAGUGGGAGGCUCCCAAUAUGUAGAUCCAGUUUGCCUCUGACUACAAGGGAUCUUGCACAGGGUGGGUAUAGCUUGUCCUUGUUCUCUUCAAUAUCCAGCAAAAUGCUAGUGAAAAAUCCUUGGGGCUGCACAGGUUCACAAGAGGCGAGCAUGUUGCCCCUUGCCAUAGAUUCCCAUAUAUUUCACCCUAUGACAUCUUAUCAUUUGGAGGAAUUCUGAAGACAUGCAACUAUAACCUAAAGCAAAUUCUCAUGUUUCCCUAUUGCUAAGACACCUGUCACUGCAUAUGGAAGUUAGGCCUGUAUUCAGCCAUGGCAGUUUAUAAUGCAGGCCCCAGAUAGACUAGAUAUAGGCUGUCAGAUUAUUCUGAAGCAGGCCAGUUUCCCGGGGAUACAGAACCUAGAAGAGACUUCAGUAGGAGGAUUUAAAAGGAUUUUGCAACAUUGCAGUCCCAAAUCAUGGACUAAUGCAACACAAGCAAGGGACCCUGUUUUCUUUGCUGUUAUCUACAAUAGGUUCCAACCCUUUCAUCAGAUUUGUUCAGAUCAGAACAUGAGGCACAUGGUGGAACAUGACAGCAGGAUUCCCCACACAUAAAGGAAAUGUCUGGUUUGCAACUGAUGCAAUGCUUUUCUUUUCCAUCUGUGUUAGAGACCCUGCACUUUUCCUGCCUGCUCCUAGAGUCUAAUGUGCAGUCCAGGAGAUGAGCAUGUUAAACCUAGGCUGGAAAUCAGUUCAGGGUCAUGGAGUGAUAUGAAAAAAGUUGUUCUCGCCAUGUGUGUAACGUGGUGUCUGGCUGAUGGCCUCAGCAGGGCAGGGAGGCAUUUAAUCCAUACUGAGUGUUUGAACAUGCCAUGUGGUUUAGCUUUCCUGUGAAAUACUCAGGAUGCUUAAGCAGCAGUUUUGUUACAGCCAACUUUGAGUCUUUGCAAGGACUUUACCCCAUUCCAGGAUAUAAAAGUUAAUUAGGUGUUAACUUUUUGUAGAGAAGUUUAUUUUUCUAGCAGCUUUGCAUGAUACUGUGAUACUGAGUAAGCUGAGCAGCUCUUUAGACUAGAUCAUGCCACCUGCUCGUGCUUCAGUGACUGACACUGCUGAAAUGUGUUACUAGGCUUUAGCUCUGCAGCAAGUGCAACCUGAAAGUAGGAUAGUUAUUAAAAGGGCCCGUGGUACCAUCGGACUCCAUCACACAGCACUUGCUACAUGCACAGAUACUCUGCAAUACCUGUCUUCUUGUUCCGUUGCAGUCUCAUAUGAUGUUACAAUAAGAGUUGUUACCAUGGUAUUAAAGAAAAGGAUCCUAUGCCAGCUCACUACAAUGUUAUCCUGGCCUGAUCGGGGCUGGCUGAGCCACUUGCUUUUUUGUCACCAGUUCUCUGUUUAUGGCACUGUCCUCAUCCUUCUGUCCACUUAGUGCAGAGGCAGUGGAUGCUUCCAGUGGAGAAUUAGCCAUGGGGGGGUUCUUAGUAGGGAGGAGACGGGGUUGCCACCCAAUCAUGUCAUCAUUUGAUGUCCCUCCCAAGCCAUUUUUCCUCCUCACCCUUUUACCUUCCCAUUUUGCUUGAUCCUUGAAGCCACCACUUUGUUCCACACAGCUCGCGAUGGCCACCAACUCCAGGCCACCUGUUGGCUGACAAAGCUGUGUCAAGGGGGCUCUUGAGAAGCAGUGAGCCUUUCCAAGGCACACAGCAGCAUACUUGCCAGUACAAGCCCAUGAGAAAGGGGUUUUUUGUUUUUUUUUUGCAUAGUAGUAUAGAGCUCUGCCAAGAAGGCACAGAAACUGGCUUGCUGAUGUAGCCAGAGGCAUGACAGGGCAGCUGCACACCUAGGCACGGGACAGCUGGCUGCCACCAGCAAGGUACCCGCUUGUCACCUGUAGCAGGUUCUUUUUUUUUGGUCCUGCUCCCAACUUCUGUCCCAACCCACACCCAAGGCUGCUGCCCCAAUUUGCCCUUCCUCUGUUACACUAUCAGGUAUAACAGCCACUUUGCUAUUCUUUCCUUGCCUUCUUUCACUUACAAAAGUGAAAGCAGGCUAGAGUGAAGCCAUUAGUGAGAAAGCUAGGACUGCCAUUUCAAGCAUGGCUUUUACAAGUGCUGGCUAGGACACCCCUGCAGUCAAUGGAUACCCAGCAUGCUCUCAGAUGUCAGGUGCACAGGGAAAGCAGGCCUCUCAUCCUGCAGGUAGCAAGGACUGUCUUUCAGGAGCACUUGCUUCCUGAACUUUAGGCACCUGCAUGUUUGUGAGCAAUUUGUCCUAGCUUUCACCUGCCAUCCUUAUGGGGGUCACUGAAAUGCAGUUGUACUGGAUUUUGAAAAGAAGAUGCUUCCCUAGCUCUUUAGAGUAAAAGUCCUCUCUCUAAGCUAAACCAAGCCACAGAAAGAGAGCUAACAGCUCUUGGAGUGCAACACACCAAUGCAAACACAAUCCCACUCAAAGCCCUAGGACCAGCAUAAAGCCAUGGAGGAGCUGUAGCAGGGGGUAAGGGGUAACAGUUGCUGUGAUGUAUAGACAUUUGCCAUGUCCCUCCCUGUACAUUGCAAAAGGGGAAAUCCCAUGACCUGCAAGUAAGUGAAUCCAAUAAGCCUAUUCCAGUAUUUAGGCUUCAGUAGCAGCUAUAAUGGACUGUGCAGCAGAUCUGCAGCCCACGUGUGUUCAGUGGAUGAAUUAUGGCACCUCUAACCCCAAAACUAAGGUGUUGUGCAAGAAGGCUGGCCUUUGCACUGGAAGAGCAGCACACCCUGCCACUGCAAAUUCAAGCACAAGACUGAGGUUUACCGUUUAUUGAAAGAGCUUAUGUAUAGUCUUGCAGUCACUGUAAAUACCAGGAAGCCGAGGCACAUGGAUAUGAUGUAUAAUGUGGCCUAAACAGUAACAAUUCAAGGAUACAUUUUCCAAACAGAUGGCAUUAGAUUCUAGCAAGGCAGAUUUAAGUGAUCACAGCAGAAGUCCUCUUUCUGUCAGAGCCAAUGGCCAAGAGAAGACCAUUUUAUGCCUUAGUACACAAACAGUAAAUGAGCCCUGAGGAAGGGGUGGAAAAAAAGUAGAGACAUUUUCCGCAUUUAUGGGAUCAGUGUGCUUAAAACUGUUAUGCAAUAUAUUUGAGGGCAUUCAUAACGAUAAGCCUUGAACAAUGGAAGGAUAAGUAGAGCUCUCUCCUCUUCCACUAUCUGUGCACACUCCCUGAGUCUGUUGGCUAUUGCUGUAUUACCAUCCCUCCUGCAGAAGUUUAGGUUCUCCUUUCUUUUUGGUGGGGGGGAGGAAGCUGGGGAACCAAACAGGCCCCAAAAUUAGCAUCUGGAGUCAGCCUCCCUCUCUGCAUUUCAAGCAAAAGGUUUCAGCCCCAUAGCUCAGGUCAGUUGCUUUCUAGGGGGAUUCAGCUAGAUUAGUACCAGUUUCUCCUCUUUGAACAGCAAAUGACUGUAGCAACAGACUCAGCAGCUUCAAGCUUUAGUUUCCAUUGCAGUCGAGAAGAGGCAGGGAGGUGAAAGUGUCUGCUCUUGGGUAGUGCAGGCAAGCCAAUUCACAGCACAGGGGCUGCAAGUUUCGUAUUUUUCAUUAUCCUCUGCCAUCAGUAGCUCAAACAGGCAAAAACUGCAACACUUGCCUCUCUCAAUUAACCUACUAGACAGCAGAAGGAUGACGAUGACAUACAUCAAGACAGAGCAAUUACUCACUUGGACUACAGGGCUUCACUGUUGUUCUACAACCCUAGGCUAAUUUUGAGGCAGUGACAGGGGUGACAAUAAGACUGCUCAUUAUUUAUACUGCAAUAAAACCCAAAUACCUGAGCAAAAGUAAGGUUCUAUUUUAGAAACACAAACUAUUGUCUGUGAUCCAAAAAAUUUAUAACUAAGCAUGAUCCUUGAAGCUAGCUUAAACACAAAAUCUCUUCCCUCAACCUUUCAGGCUGCCCUCAAAUUACACCCCCACCCACCACCUAAUGUCUUCCUUAAAAAAAAAAAAGAGUGCACCAAGUGCCUCUUUGAGAACAUAGAUGGCUUGUGGGCAUCCUUACUACAUACAAGAUAUGGGGGGGGGGGGG